UGGAUCGGGGAUGUCACAUCGCAGUAGUUCCAAAUACUCACUAUCUCGGCACUCGAAAACUAUGUUCACAAACGGUCCAACUGGAUUCCCGAUGAUCGAAGCGCGCCUCAUUUGAGUUUUGGUUCACGGUGAAUACCACCAUUGUUGCUCCCCAUUCUAGUUUUCUAUCGGUUUGAGAAAGUUAAUUAGCGCUGCAGCCAAACGUCGGAGAUGGCUGCAAGUGAGCGCGUGUCUCGAAGCUUCGCCUUAGAACAGACGUAUGUCCAUGAGGUCUACGAGCAGUACUACGACAAUCCCCGUAGCAAGCCUUGGCCGAAAGUCCAGGAAUUCCUGGAAAAACUGGAACCUGGAGCUUUAGUCUGUGACGUAGGCUGUGGCAAUGGAAAAUACUUAAAAGUUAAUAAGUCAAUUUAUAAUUUAGGAGGGGAGAAAUCAAAUAGACUGAGCGAUUUAGCUAGGCAAAAACAAAACGAAGUAAUUAGAUUAGACAAUUUGGCACUGCCAUUUAAAGAUAACUGCUUCGAUACGGUUCUAUCAUUAUCAGUAAUCCAUCAUUUCGCAACGACCGAUAGACGAGUGAGUUCGUUGAGGGAAAUGGCGCGAGUUCUUCGAGUAGGAGGCCGAAUGAUUAUCACUGUCUGGGCGAUGGAACAGGAUCAUCGGAAAUUUGAAUCCCAAGAUGUGCUGGUGCCAUGGCGCAGACCUCGAUUUAAGGCCAGUUGCGGAAUUACUACGGGCCUAAACUCGGCGGAUGAUAUUCAGAACCCUUAUCACUCAUAUACUCAGUCGGACAGCGAUUCUAAUAAAUCAUUUAGGUUUAGAAACACGUUUAAAAGAAAAACGAGAAAUUCCCACCAACGCAAACAACGCCCGCUCGAAGCCUACCGGAAAACUUCUUCAGGAAGUUCCACUUUGUCAUCGCCAAGUGAAACUUGCUACGGUUUCGUGCGUAGAGCAUUGCAGAAAAUCGCAGGCGGCAGCAGGCGAGUGGUGGCUAAUUCCUGGUUUUUGGAUAACUGGAUUGCAUGCAUGCACAAACAGCAACCGCUGCAGAAAAGAUAUGAUCCGGAUGGAUGCGAAUACUGCGACUGCUCAGGCUGUGAUAACGUAGAAGAUCAGCCAAUAGAACUACUUAGAAUAGACGAUGAAGAGCCGAAACAAAUCCCGCGACGUCAAACUUGCCCAGUGUCUCAGAUGAGCGCCGAUAUUGAUGCUUUCAAGUCGAAAAGCAUGAAUAAUAUUGGGAUGUUAAACGAAACAAACAAUAACAGGUGUAGAUUAAGCAAAGCCCAUGUGGAUGAUUCAAUAAAAGGUGCUGUGGAAAGCCCCGUAACACCCGCGUCGGCAAAUUCGUUAAAAAAACCGAAACUGGUGAAGCAGAAGAAGUCGCUUUGCGAAGAAGAUGCUGACGAAGCAUUGGAUCAACCGACUGAUAUGAAGGACCUGGUCAGGGCGAUGCCUGAUUUUAAAUCGGGACUUACCAGGCAUCAAAGAGGCGGCGUGUUAAAGCAGCGCUCCCUAAACGAAGAAAUCCUAUCAACUGACAGAUUGAGAGAGAAAGAAAGACUUAAACAAAAUAUCCAGAAACAAACUUCCUUGAACGAGGACCUGAUUUAUAAGCGAGCGCAUACCUUUGAGUCUUUGCGGGAGUCGUUUUUUGCGGUCGCGUCUACAAAAAGUUUCCAAAUGCUUAAGGACGGAUUGACCAAUCGAAUCAAGAAUUCCACUACGAUGGAAAAAGUGGCCAGCGCGUCUUUGAAAAAUGUUAAUGCAGGUUUUGUCAAAAUCUUCCAAACUUGGAAAGGAGCCGAACUGAAGUCGCCCACGACACGAGAUAACGAAUCCUACAAAAACGUCCAAAAUUGCCACCCAGCUGAUAAAGAACCCAGCGAAAAGUCGGGGGAAAGGCGACAUUCAAAGGAGGAUGGCUCUGACUCCUCCAAAGAUAGCAGCCUUCAGUCCGAUACUAGCGUGGACUCAGAAGACUCAUUUGCUUCAGUAAUUUUCGUGCCUAAAUCAGACCCGAUGUCUCCGAUAGGAGGAGCGAGUUUAUCAGCAGGUCCCACCUCCCCUUUGCUAAGAGGGGGCUGCCAAUCCGCCCCCCAAUCCCCCAGAAUUAAGCAGUCAAGUUGCCCAACAAGCCCAAGGGUGAAACAAUUGCACAAUGGGAUUCAUCCCUUGACCAAACAACUCAGCUCACCCAAGCCAUCGACUGAGCUGCUUUCGACUGUGACUGAGUUCUUUCCGGUGGACGAUAAAUUGCUGGCUAACGCCAGGCUAAGAGCGCCGGCCCCCAAACUUUUGCCAGUUCAACCUGCACACAGACAAAACACUCAACUUCUGGCUCAAAAUUACUCCGUACAACCCAUUCCGCAAUUUAGGAGAACCACUCUUAACUCCCCAAGUCUGAAAGAAUGUUUCCCAUUUCCUCCCCAAACGAGCAAUCAAAGCUCGGUGCUAACGGAAGCAGUGCCAACUGCCAACAUGAUAAGUCCAGCUAAAUCGCCUCCAGACGCUGAGGCGUCUAGAACGGAAAAACUGAAGAAAAUCAGGGAAAUGCUGGCGCAGAAGCCUGGGUUUGGAAGCAAGUCCAAGAGCCAUUGCCCGAUUGUGCGGAAGAUAUCCGAUCCAGAUAAAAAGGAGCAAAGCUUAGCCAAACCCAUUCCUCAACUGCUGAAGCUGGACAUUUUCAAUCCGGAAGUGGAUGACGACAGUGAUAACAGUUGCGUUUCUUCGCCGGAUUCCAUAGGGAGUGUCAACAGCAUUAAGGCAUCUGGUGGUGUUCCUGCAAAGGCCGACAAAUUUAAUUUUCCAGACACUAAUAGAACUGGCAACUCGAUGAGUUUAUUGGAAGCGGCAGCAAAUGUUGCCAGCAGCCUGGAUGAAGCAGUGGAAAAAGUAAUCAGCUCCCGGCCGACAAAGAAGCUGCCGAAAGUUGAUGUUUUUUCCAUUUUACAUAGACGAUUCUCCUCGUCGGACACAACCCCCCUGUUGGACGAAGAAGAAGAAGAAGGCUUGAGUAAUGGAGAAUCUCGCCGAUCCAGCAAUACCUGGAAUGAGGAAUGCCAUAAGCACUUAACAGCUUUUGCGGAUAAGCUCAGCGAGAAGCUGAUGAAGGAACUGGAUGAAUAUCAACUGACGAUGGAUAACAUUGACGAUCCAUACAUCCAUCGUCUCAGCGAAGAACUGCACGACCUCUCAAUCCUCAGCGAGGAGAUUAAGAAGCAGAACGAGUACCUUACACGACUGUCGCAAACGAACCAUCCGCAAGUGAAGAAAAGUUGCACCAAAUGCAAAUCACUCGAAAAGUGUCGUUGCGUGAUUGAAACUCGAACAUCAGAUCGGACCAAAAACUACGUUUCAAUGUGUAACGCGACCAAACCCCUCAGCCAAAACCACAAAGCGUUGCCUUGUGUAAAUAAUAGUGUAAAUCCAGUUUUAAAUAGUUUUAGUAAAUCGAUUAGGUUUAACGGUUCCGGUGUAAAUGGGAACAAUGACGCGAAAUUCGACGAAGACUAUUGUGGAAAACGAGUGGAAAAUGGUGGUUUGGGUUAUUGUGCCGAAGUGGACCAAUUUAAUGGACCUGAUGUUAAACGUGAGCAGAAUCGCCCGCUUAUUGCCAAUGGCAGUUCUUCAGAAUCGUUCGAUUCUAGUGAUAAAGGUAGCAGUAGUAACUCCCUCCUAUCAAGCGGGGCAACUUCAAUCAACUUUGGAGGCCAGUCCGUGGCCUCAUCAGUAACAGAUCUCACGGGAGACUCUAGAGAUGGCUGUAGCAAUGGAGGAAGCACCGCCUCAUUGACCUCAACAGAAUCCAAAGGCAAAGGAAAAUUCGACCAUAUGGACACUUUGUCGCCUGGACAUUUGAGACGACGGGAUCCUUCCGGACUGAGUGAUAUUUCAGCCGAUUCCUGGCCUGCCGAUGAGAUUGGAGGAGAAAUUACUUAUCAUAGAUAUUACCACGUGUUCCGGCAAGGUGAGCUCGAGAAGCUGAUUGAGAAAUACGUAGGCGAUCUGCAUGUGGUUUCUUCGACUUACCAACAUGCCAGCUGGUGCAUCAUCGCCGAAAAGGUUCAAAUCUGGACCAUCUGACUGCCGAGUCAUAGCUUUAACAUUGGCCUCAACAGUUGGCCGUUCUUUCGCACAAUGUAUAUUUCUAGAAUAGUACUUCAUAUGCCUUUGACUGCGUGAGAAAAUGCCAAAUGUUUUGUUGAAACUGCACUUGUUAGUCAUGAAAAAUAGCACACAAAACGGCCUAAAGAAGCAGGUUUUCUCGGUUGAGUUUUUGAUGGUUUUAAUCCAUGGAGGCAGAAAUGUGUACAACAUAUUUUUUUCACACUUUUCCGGUGCAGGUUUUAAAUGUUUUCAAGCAAUUUUGAUGUGAAUUUCUUCACGGUUACGUUUCAACUUGAAAGAUCCCGAGGCCUUUCACAAGUGCAGUUCUGCAACAUUUUCACCGGCUUUCGGUUUCAUUUCACUGCUAUUGUUUAAAUAUUUGAACCAUUCCUAAUCCUAUCUAAUAGAUGCUGUGAGUUAAUCAGAA